AUGCCUCCAAAAGAGUCCAAGGAUGGGCGACCAUCACGUUCGUCGCGACCAUCGACCCGUCGCUCGACUCCUGUCAACACACCAUCAUCCUCCAAACCCUCCGCUCCACAUACACAACCCGCCUCGGCUCCACACAAAGCGACAUCCGCUUCGGCUUCGGCUUCGGGCAGCGUAAAACACGGCUCCGAGUCAGAUUGGUCAGAGCCCCCGUUGGCCACUCCUAAGGCAUCUUAUAAGGAGUACGACGAUAAGGCUUUGAUGAACACUUCUACAACACACAUGCUCCCGCUUGGGGAGCUACCUACACCGAAAAUGCUCGAGGCAACAAAACGUCCUUAUCCUGGCGGGGGAAAGAAGAAGGGGAAGCAGCCACCACAGGGAAAUGGGGCAUCAGGUUGGACACAGGGAGGAACUGGAGGAAAUGGGGCGCCUGUAAGCAAAAUAGCAAAUGGCGGCCCAAUAAUCUCGAGUGGGAUUAGAGCUGGAGUUUCCGGGGUAGGAGGAGGAGGAAUUAUUACUACAGGUGUGCCCCCCGGAGGAGUUGCUCAAGCAGGUGGAGGAGGAGGGGGAGGAGGAGGAGGUGCUCCAGCUGGAGUUGCCCAAGGAGGAGUGAUUCCUGGAGGAGUAGUUCCUGUGGGAGUAGCCCCUGCGGGAGUUCCUACGGGAGUUCCUGCGGGGGUUCCUGCGGGAGUUCCUGGUGGAGUAGUUCCUACGGGAAUUCCUGGAGGAGGAGUUCCUGUGGGAGUUCCUGGAGGAGUUGUUCAUGGGGUUGUUCAUGGAGUCCCUGGAGGAGUCCCCGAAUCAGUUCCUGGAGGAAUGAUUCCUGGCGUUGCUCCUAUAGUUGCUCCUGGCGCCUCUCUUGGUGUUACUUCUAGUUUUUCUCCUGGAGGCGCUGCUCCCGGAGGCGCCGCUCUUGGAGGCGCUGUUCCUGUCGGCGCUGCCACUGUGGGCGCUAUUCAUGGGGGAAACAUUGCUGGGGGAGUUCCCGCUGGAGGGGUUUCUAUCGGGGGAGGGGCUGCCGGAGGAGCUGCUUCUGGGACGGUUGUUGCUGCUGGAGGACAUGGUGGCGGCGGCGUACCACCACCACUACCAGUCACACCCAUGGCUGGAUCCUCACGUUCUGCGCAGACGCAGACAGUUUCUACACAAACUGUUAAAGUGAAGCCUCCUGUGAUAACGACACCGGCGCCCGUAUCGGCACCAUCACCUGGAGGAAUGACGAUAGGCUCUUCCGGUUCGCCGCCGGCUAAUCCCUCAACUCCCUCGGGCUCAAAUGGUUCCCGACCGGGUGCUGUCAACGGAGCCUGGCUGAAUGGAAAUGCCCCAAACAGCAAAACACCACAAGGCCGACAGCGGCUGUCUAUGGUAGUUGAUGCUGCGAUCGAGCGCAGUGCUCAGGUUGGGAAUGUUGAUCUAGGACGCGCUAUUAAAAAGCUCUACGAUGAAUCACUAUCCAACUCCCUACUCGCAGAUCUAUUGGACGCGGUGCUUGCCCAGAAGGCUACAUCGGAACAGAUUCAUCAGUUUCAGACAUACGUACGGAAUGCUCGGGAUCCUAACGCAACGUCCGCAGAGCCUACAUCCGCAGCAAAUGGUACACAGCCUCCAGACGGAGCCCCCCCUCCAACCCCCAUGGAUAUAUCGCAGUCACAACCAGAAUCGCAACCGCAACAGCAACAGCAACAGCAACAGCAACCGCAACCGCAACCGCAGCUGCAACAACAACAACAACUGCAGCCGCAACAGGAGCAGACUCAGGCCCAGAAUACUGCAGCGACAAACGGCAUCGUUUCUACGGGUGGCAACAGUAUUGUGAAGAAGGAGAAGAUGAGCAGGAAGGAGCGGAAGAAGAAUGGGAUCAAGAAGCACCAACACGGGGAGCAACCUGAUGAGGACACGGAUUCAGAUUUAAGUUCAAUUUGCUCAGAAACUGACGAAGAUCAACAAAAGGGCGGCAAAGUUGCUGUUGCUGUUGAUUCGACACCUCACCAUCGUAGUCGAGUUCCUUCUCCAGUCAAUAAUUUUACACCAAUUCAAGGCAAUGACUCGGAGCAUCAGGCAAAAAGAAUAAAGCUUCCAACUUUCGACCAAAUCAAACAAGACAGCAGCAUUCGUGAUCCUCCGCCCGCUGGGAUUGCUUGCCGUCCAGCAAAGGGGAACGGGAACCCAAGGAAAAGGAAUCGAAGCCCUAGUAUCUCGACACCACCACCACAGACGUAUGCCUCUUCUUCUGUCACCCCAUCAUCUUCAGUUGCGGCUCCUACUUCAGCGCCAAUCCCAGCUCCAGCCCCCCUUCCAACCCAACCUCCAAAGAAAAAAAACAAGACAAAUAAAAUUAAAAUUUCUCCGGUCAAGAAAACUGUUACGGAACCGUUUGUGGUGACCGCUGGGAUUGGUGAUUUGAGUGAUCACAGACGUGUUCGGUACGGGUCAGAGGAGGUUUCCGAGAACGAAGAUGUGUGCGCUGUAUGUAACGGACCUGGCCGAUUUCUUUGCUGCGAACGCUGCCCCCGCUCUUUCCAUUUCACGUGCUUGAAUCCUCCUCUAGAAGAGAUCCCGGAAGGAAUGUGGUUUUGCAACAAAUGCACAUCUCAACACAAUCCUCCAGUAAAGCCACCCAGGGGCCUUUUUUCCGAACUGAUCGACGGUAUCAAUCGAAGAAAUCCGACCUCUUUUAGAUUGCCACCGGAUAUCCGUGGCUAUUUUGUUGGGGUAGAGACAGGAGCCUUGGGUGAAUACGUUGAUGUCCGGGAUAAUAAAACGCAGAAGUUUAGUAAGAGUGGCUUUGUAGAAGAAUACGAUACUCUGAAACUUAAGGAUAAGGCUGGAAAUGCCAUCCUUUGUCACCAUUGUGGGAAGUCUGCUGUUAAUGGGCAGCGGAUCAUUUCUUGCGAUUUUUGUCCACUUAGCUGGCAUCUGGAUUGUAUCGGACCAAUGCCAAUGCCCAAUCCUCCCCCAACCCAAAAGAAGUGGAUGUGCCCAGCGCACGCAGACGGACUACAACCUCGCCGGCCGAAAAAGGCGCCUAUCGUCGAUACCUCCCUUAGGCGAGGAUUUAAGAACAACGGGGUUAUUGAGAUUGAAAACGAGGAAGAGGUGAUGUUUGAGGAUGUCAUGGUCAGCGGAAUUGUCUACAGGUUGCCGGAAAGAGGUAUUAAGCUGGACUUUAUCGAAAAAGUCAAGACAGAAAGACCGCCUAUCAAGGAAACGCGCAAGCUCAAGAAGAGUAAAGCAACAAACGCCACCCAUCUAUCUACUUCGCCUCUACUGCCUCUUGAGGACCGCCCACUUAUCGACCAACAGCUUGUCCAGCAUUUGUUAGAGUUUUCGGGGAAUUCCGCUGUCUUAUCCACCUUUAAUGGGGGAGGUAUUAACACCUUAAUAGAAGCUUUAAUCAGCGAGGCCACUCCAUCUGUCAAGGCUCUUUUUGGCGAGCCUCAUCCCUUGAAAAACCAUACACUGUCGCCAGCCACCGCGUCACUUGACACAAAUGCCAAUAGCAACACCACGCUCUCCCCAGAGAGGGAGAGAUCGCAACUUUUAGCGCUGCAGGAGAUAAUCACAAAGCGGUUACAAGCGUUACAGGCCUCUUCACUGCUUCCUUUACCACCCCCUCCGAAGUCCAGAUAA